AUGGACCCAAUCAAAUACAUAUUUGAGAAGCCCACUCUCGCCAAUAGAGUCGCUCGUUGGCAAAUGGCCCUAAUUGAGUAUGACAUUCAACAUGUCACCCAGAAAGUGGUUAAAGGAAGUGUCUUGUCAUACUAUCUUGCUCACAAACCCUUGGAGGAUUAUCAAUCCAUGCGCUUUGAAUUCCCUAAUGAGGACAUCAUUUUGAUAAUGGAUUGCAACAUCCCUGACCCUGAAGAAGGACCGAAACUUAGUUCACGAUGGAGAUUUGUUUUUGAUGAAGCUUUUAUCGCUCAUGGCAAUGGCAUUGGGGCAGUUAUCACCUCCCUAAUUGGUUUUCAUAUAACUUUCAUCGCAAGGUUGUGCUUUGCUUCCACCAAUAAUAUGGCAGAGUACGAGGCGUGUAUAUUUGGCAUUGAAGCUGCUAUUGACCUAAUGAUCAAAAUCCUCGAAGUCUAUGGAGAUUCAGCCUUGGUAAUCAGCCAAGUAAAAGGAGAUUGGGACGCUCGAGUUCACCAAGAUGAUCCCGUACAAGGAGCAUGUCUUAAAGCUAAUCCCAUACUUUGA